GUGCACGCGGAGCUCUUCGCCUCCGGAUGCCACGGCGGCGCGGUCCACUUUUGGUCCACGACGCGGCCCGAGGAGCCGCUCUCCUCCUGCCACGGGCACGGCCACGCGUCGAACGCGCACGACUCGGCCGUGUGGGGCGUGGAGCACCCACUUGGCCACUUGCUCGCCUCCUUCUCGCAGGACAUGCACACCAAGUUCUGGAGCCGCGCUCGGCCGGGCGAGCCCAGAACUGCCCCCCGGGACGAGGAGGAGGCGACGGAGCGAUGCGGCCUGAGGGACAGUAACUCUCCUCUGCUUCUGCUACGUUAA